ACACAAAGCGGCGGGUGAGGGGAAGCUUCGCAGGCGUGCACCGAGCAGUGAGAUCACUGGCGUUAUAAAUAUCCCAGUGCCAGCGCCGAGAUCCGUUCGGGUGGCCUCUCUCUCUCUCUCCCCCUCUCCCUCUCUCUUCCCCGAGGCUAUGUCCACCCGGUGCGGCGAGGGGGGCAGCGCCAGAGGCACACAGCCGCGCGCGGGCUGCAGAGCCCAGAACCAGCCCUGCAAAAUGCACUUAGGACCCCCGCGGCUGGAAGAAUGAGCUUGUCCUUCCUCCUCCUGCUCUUCCUCAGCCACCUGAUCCUCAGCGCCUGGGCUCAAGGGGAGAAGCGCCUCGCACCCAAAGGGCAACCCGGACCGGCUGCCACCGGUAGGAACCCCGGAGGAGCCAGCAGCAGCCGGAGCAGCAGUAGCACGAAGUCUUCCUCUUCUUCCUCUGCCUCCUCCUCCCCCGGGGCUUCUCUGGGCAGUCAAGGAAGUGGCUUGGAGCAGAGCAGUUUCCAGUGGAGCCCCUCGGGGCGCCGGACCGGCAGCCUCUACUGCAGAGUGGGCAUCGGUUUCCAUCUGCAGAUCUACCCGGAUGGCAAAGUCAAUGGCUCCCACGAAGCCAAUACGUUAAGUAUUUUGGAAAUAUUUGCUGUGUCUCAGGGGAUUGUAGGAAUACGAGGAGUUUUCAGCAACAAAUUUUUAGCGAUGUCAAAAAAAGGAAAACUCCAUGCAAGUGCCAAAUUUACAGAUGACUGCAAGUUCAGGGAGCGAUUUCAAGAAAACAGCUAUAAUACCUAUGCCUCAGCAAUACACAGAACUGAAAAAACAGGGCGGGAGUGGUACGUGGCCCUGAACAAGAGAGGGAAAGCUAAACGGGGCUGCAGUCCCCGUGUUAAACCUCAGCACAUCUCUACCCACUUUCUGCCAAGAUUCAAGCAAUCAGAGCAGCCAGAACUUUCUUUCACAGUUACUGCUCCUGAAAAGAAAAAGCCACCUAAUGCCAUCAAGCCAAAGGUUCCCCUUUCCACACCUCGGAGAAGUCCCAACACAGUGAAAUACAGACUCAAGUUUCGCUUUGGAUGAUAUUCAUCUUGGCCUUGUGAGAAACCACGCCUUCCCCUCAGGAGUUUCUGUAGGUGUCUUUGCGCUCUGAAGACAACUUUUUGGACACAGCUUCAGUUACACUACACUGUACUGAAGUCAGGACAUUUGUUUCAGUUUGGCUGAAACGAAAAUGUCUCCCGAUAGGAACUAAACUGGAAUUCUUUGUACCAAUAUAGGGAGCUCACUGCUUUAGUUCAGUAUGACAUAAAGCCUUUUGCUUUAUGUUUGGUGCAUACUGGGACUCUGUUUCCAGAAAGUUAAAUGGUAGGGAUUAUGUAUUUUUCUGACUUUUACAGAUCAACCUGAAAAAGCAUACGAUACAUUUUUAUUUUUGGUUUCCAAAGACUAUUUUGAUGCGGAUAAAAGUAUUUUAUUAACGUUUGUUUUUUGUUUUUUUUUAAAGUACCUUGCAUCGAGCAUAUUUUCUUACUUUUGUUAUUUUUAAUUAAUAAGACAUAAAACAGCCAUUUUAAUGCAAUUUAUGAAUUAUAAAUGUGUUUAUAGCCUGUUUAUAACAUGUGGAUUUCUUUUUCAUUUUUCUUAUUCAUUGCACUUUUAAUGUUUAUUGUGAUUAUUUUUUUUUUUGCCAUACCUCAGAUAAUGUAAGUUUAGUCUUGCAUCUUAAAAUGUUUAAAUUCUCUUCAACAGC